UCCCACUUUUCCUUCUUCCUUCCUUCCUCUGUUUCUCUCUCCCUCCAUCCCCUUCCUUCUUUCCUUCCUACCUUCCUUCCUCUCUCUCCCUUCCCCUUUCCCUGCCCCAAUGGCCGGGGCCCGGGGCCCUUUGCUGCUGCUGCUGUUGCCCCUCUUGCCCUGGGCUUGGCUGGGGCUGGGGCCAAGGGGCGCUGAGGCGGAGCGGCAGUUUGUGAACGAAUGGGCAGCGGAGAUCCCCGGGGGGCCCCAGGCAGCCCAAGCCAUCGCCCGUGAGCUGGACUACGCCCUCCUCGGGCAGAUUGGAUCACUUGAAAAUCAUUAUCUGUUCAGACAUAAAAGCCACCCGAGAAGGUCUCGAAGAAGUGCUUCUCAUAUUACCAAAAGGCUGUCGGAUGACCAUCGAGUAUCUUGGGCAGAGCAACAGUAUGAAAAGAAACGAAGUAAGCGUUCAGUAUUCAAAGGCUCAGCAGAAAAUCUUUUCAAUGAUCCAAUGUGGAAUCAACAAUGGUAUCUGCAAGACACAAGAAUGACUCCAACUCUGCCAAAAUUGGAUCUCCAUGUUCUCCCAGUGUGGCAAAAAGGGAUUACAGGAAAGGGGGUUGUCAUAACUGUGCUUGAUGAUGGCUUGGAGUGGAAUCACACAGACAUUUAUCCUAACUAUGAUCCAGAUGCAAGUUAUGAUUUCAAUGACAAUGAUCAUGAUCCAUUUCCUAGAUAUGAUCCAACAAAUGAAAACAAGCAUGGAACACGGUGUGCAGGAGAGAUUGCUAUGCAAGCAAACAACAUAAAAUGUGGAGUUGGAGUUGCAUAUAGAUCCAAAGUUGGAGGCAUAAGAAUGCUGGAUGGAAUAGUCACUGAUGCCAUAGAAGCUAGUUCAAUUGGUUUCAGCCCGGAUCAUGUGGACAUUUAUAGUGCCAGCUGGGGUCCAAAUGAUGAUGGGAAAACCGUAGAGGGACCGGGCAGAUUGGCACAGAAGGCUUUUGAAUAUGGGAUCAAAAAGGGGCGAAAAGGAAAAGGCUCAAUUUUUGUCUGGGCUUCUGGGAAUGGUGGUCGACAAGGAGAUAACUGUGAUUGUGAUGGCUAUACAGACAGCAUCUACACUGUCUCCAUCAGCAGUGCUUCACAGCAAGGCCUUUCUCCCUGGUAUGCAGAGAAAUGCUCCUCAACACUAGCCACAGCAUAUAGUAGUGGAGAUUAUACUGACCAGAAAAUUAUAAGUGCUGAUCUUCACAAUGAAUGCACCUCCACUCACACGGGGACCUCGGCUUCUGCACCUUUAGCUGCAGGGAUUUUUGCCCUUGCCCUUGAAGCCAAUCCUAAUCUAACCUGGAGGGAUAUGCAACAUUUGGUAGUCUGGACAUCUGAAUUCGAUCCAUUGGCCAACAAUCCAGGAUGGAAGAAGAACGGGGCUGGGCUGAUGGUGAACAGCAGAUUUGGAUUUGGGUUACUCAAUGCUAAAGCACUGGUAGAUUUGGCAGACCCUAAAACCUGGAAAGGAGUGCCAGAAAAGAAAGAAUGCAUUGUGAAGGACAACAGCUUUGAACCAAGGUUGUUAAAAGCUAGUGGUGAAGUUACCAUUGAAAUUCCCACAACAGCUUGUGAAGGUCAAGAAAAUGCCAUUAAAUCUCUGGAACAUGUACAGUUUGAAGCCACAAUUGAAUAUUCCCGCAGAGGUGAUCUUCAUGUGACCCUAACAUCUCCAUCAGGAACCAGCACAGUCUUACUGGCUGAAAGGCAAAGAGACAAGUCACCUAAUGGUUUUAAAGACUGGGAUUUCAUGUCGGUUCACACCUGGGGAGAGGAUCCAACAGGAACAUGGACUUUAAAAAUUGUUGAUACGAAGACUAAUACUGAUGUUGCUGUCCCUCAGUCCAGAAGAAUGCAAAAUGAAGGACGAAUUGUGAACUGGAAAUUGAUUUUGCAUGGCACAUCUACCCGGCCUGAGCACAUGAAGAAGCCUCGUGUCUAUACAUCAUACAACACUGUCCAAAAUGAUAGGAGGGGUGUGGAAAAGAUGGCAGACUUUGUGGAGGACCACACUACACAGGAGAACCUGAGUGAAAAAACCAAGGAGGCAGAAAUUACCAGCAGCAACGAGAAAACACAGGAGAGACCCUCAUCGGAUGCAAUGCUCCGUCUACUGCAAAAUGCAUUUCGGGCCCAGAUGGCUGGCAGUCAUGUACCAAAGAAGAUACUUAAUAGAAACUCCAAUAUUCCAUAUGAACAUUUCCAACAAGCUCUCGAGAAACUAAAUCGAGCCUCCCAGCUGAAAGACUCAGAAGAGUCUUUGUAUAGUGACUAUGUUGAUCUUUUUUACAAUUCCAAACCCUACAAGCAUAGAGAUGACAGACUACUGCAAGCCUUGGUUGAUAUUCUGAAUGAUGAAGAUUAAAAAGAUACAGAGAAAAGCACUAGGUUGGAAAUAUUCACCCGCUUCAUCUCCAUAAUACUCCUCAUUUCAGAUUAAGUCCUGCUUAUUCUGGCAGUUUGCAUGAACACAGCUUUCAUUGCAUUAUAUUUAUGAAUGACCUAAAAAUGAAAAAAAAAUACAGCUUGCUAGAUGUGAGGUAAUCAAUCCUUUAUUCAAAGCAUUAAUUAAUCCUUUCAGAAGGGGCAAACUCCUUCAAGAAUAAAACACAGUAAAACCAUGAUCUUUACAAAACAUUCAAGAUUCAAUGUAGAAAUAUUUUUUUCUAUUAACCCACAAAUAUAGACAUGAUUUUUGGUGAGACUCAUCCCAAAAUUUAAUGCUUUCAGAGACAUCCAUGGAGUACUUGUCUGUUUUUGCCAGGCAACACUGUACAUUUCACAGUGUUUUUUCCCCAGUUUUGGAAGCUAGAUAGGGAUGUCCAUACCUUAGUAACAGAAAAACAUAGGAAAGAUAAUUAAAGAUGGCUUGUUGAAAGCCCAGUCCAGGUCCAAGAUACUCAUUCUGUUGAGUUCAGGAGGACCUUACCUGAGAUCAGAGGAGACCAAAGCUACAGCAAUUUGCAGACGAAAUAAUGAGCGAACAGCUUUCACAAUUUUGUGUGUGUGUGUGUGUGUGUGUGUGUGUGUGUGUGUGUUUUUACAAUGCAACCUGUGCAUGAUUACUCAAUGGGUUUUACACCAAGAUGAUUUCAAUGGGGCUUACUCUCAGUUGAACAGAGUUGCCGUGAAAUACAAGACAGGGCUCUUUUGUCUUUAUUGGCUGUGUAGAAGAGGAAGAGUAAUUUUUAGGCCCAUCAGUCAUGCUGGCUGGGGAUUCCUGUAGUCUAUAAAGUAACUCUUCCAAGCUCUUCAAUACUAUGCCAGUUCAUAGGGAAUGGAACUGGUUCCCAAUGGAAGAUCACCAGCUUUGCCCUUUUAGUGGUAUGAGAGGAAACCUAAUGCUCAGAUUGGUAUUAAAUUUGAUAAUUUUACAAAAUUGCAAACUAUGUACAUACAUUUCAAACAGUACGUCAGUAAGAAAAAGUACUAAAUGAAACAAACAAAAAAAACCCUCUUAAUAUAAAUUCUUAAAUAAUGAAUUUGAUUCAGUUGGCACUAUUUUCAUGCCUCUCCCUGUGAAUGACACAGAGACACAGUUUUGUCAACAUUCAGCUAUCAGACUGAUGAGCUUUUUAGAAGUCAGUGAGAAAACCAAGAAUUUUUUUUUAAAAUGAAAAGAAAAGAAAUGGGAAAUGUCAUUUUCAAAAAACAAAAAAAGAUACUAUGACUGGGUUAGCUGCUAAAUUAGGCAUGGCAGCGCCUGCAGGGAAUGCACCUUAGUUUGAACUCUGUUCUAAAAUGAAAGCGGUAAGACAGCCAAAAAGAUGACAUAAAAAAAAGAAACAGUGAAACAAAAUGAGGGCAUGGAGCUGGCAAGGUUAAUGAAGAAGAAAGUAAGAGGAUGGGAGAGAAAACACAGUGUGCAUAGAAAGCUAAGGUAGAAAACAUCCUAUUCAUAAUUUCAACCUGCCAAAGGAAGUAGCAAAUCACCAAGGACGAUUCAAAAUAAAAUUUAAAUAUCUUCAAAUUUUUAAAGUUUUUUAAAAGUUUAAAUCUUUUUCCCCACGGGGACAUCUUUGUAGAUGGCCAGGGGUGGAAAUGAUGCAUUUCUCGUGGUGUUUUUGAAUGGCAACUCCCAGUAUUCCUCACUAUUAUCUAAGCUGGCUAGGGCUGCUGGCGGUUACAGUCCAACAACAUCUAGAAGACCACAUGAUUCCUACCCUACCCCUAUUUUAAAUUCUCUUCUGUUGAAGAUACAUCUCUCAAAUGAGAAUUCAUUGUUGUCUUAAUUUAUGCAUUGUGGAGUGAAUGAAUGUAAUUAAAUUAAGCAAACGAAAAGCUAACAGUAGGUUAGUAGAAUAAAUUCCAAUCUUUCUCUCUCUCACGAUUUCUUUGUUUCUGUCUAAUCAAUAUAAUCCUAAUUUCAUACCAAACGAUAGUCCAAUUGUUAUGUUGUUUGUUGUUAAUUGCCAUCAAAUCAGCCUUGAUGUAUAGUGAUGCUAUGAAUAAGAAACCUCUAAGACACCCUGCUGUCAAUAGCCCUGCUCAGAGUCUGCCAAUUCAGGGCUCUGGCUUCCUUGAUUGAAUCUGUCCACCAGUAAAUGUGGUCUUCCUCAUUUCCUACUGCCUCCUUCUUUACUAAGCAUUAUCAUAUUUUCUGAUGAUAUGGCUAAAGUAUGAUAACCUCAAUUUGAUCGUUCUGGCUUCUACAAAGAGUUCAGGCUUGAUAUGCUCUACAGUCCAUUUCCUUGGGGUGGGGGGUUAGUAGUCUGUGACAUUCAUACAACUUUCCUCCAGCAUCACAUUUCAAUUGAGUUUAUUCUCUUCUUGUCAGCUUUCUUCAUUGUCCAGCUUACACAACCAUGAAUAGAAAUUGGAAAUACAAUGGCAUGGACAAGCCUGAUUUUGUUAUUCAAUGAUAUGUCCUUAUACUUGAGUAUCUUAUCCUGCUCUUUCCUAGCUGCCUUCCCGAGACCAAGCAUUUUUUCUUCUUUUUAUCACUAGUUGCUGCAGAUGUCUUCAUCAUAUACUUUAAAGUUACAUAAAUCAUCUGUGGUCAUUAUUUUUGUUUUUGUAAUAUAGGUUUUGACAAUGGUUUUACUUGAACAUUCUUCAAUUCCAACUGCAUGUAGGCCCUAAACUUUAAAGACCUAGGAAGUUCAGUGAUAAAAUGGCCUAAACUAGUGGAAGGAAUGAUUGAACAAAAGCAAAUAACAGUGUUCUCCCUCAGUUCUCAGAACCUGGGCACUAUAUUAUGUACAUCAUAACGUUUUUAGUCCUAAUCGCUAUCUUAUGUAGAUCAUUGUACAGAAUGCUUUCUUGAAAAAAUAGCAGAAAGCAUAACUGUCCAUUGCUUAUUAUCAUUUCACACUUUAAUAACAGCUGCAUCAAUGGCCAGUACCUGAUUCAGGCUAACUCUUUAUAAUAUGUGGUUUUGCUUUUUAUUUUUUCUUUAAGAUCUUAAGAUCAUUGCCUAUAAUGCAACUUAAAGAACCAACAAAAUCUAUAUUUAAAUUAAACUGAUAACAGCUUGUGCUGCUUGAAUGUUUCCAACCUAGAAUGCACUGUACAGAUUAAAUUAUUUUUGUUAGUCUUUUCCUGGUGCCAGUAUGUGUUUUGUGAAAAUGAAAGAUACAAAUGUUUUAUCUCAAAGAAACUAAACAUUAUAUUUUCUUUACAGGUAUUUAUAACAUAUUAAAGCUUUUAUCAGAUGCAAUUUAAAAAGAAUAAAUGAUGACAAACUUUUAAAAUAAUAAAUUAUAACAAACCAUUUUUUUAUUUGAGCAAAACAAAUUUUGUCCAAUAAAGUAUUUUUGAUGGCAUGUUGUAAUGACAGCAGCCACGUGUAUGUGAUGUGAUGUGAUGUUAAAAGUUACAUUUGUUUUAUCGUAGCAAAUGCAUAAUACAGCAUAAUGUGUUAGCAGA